AUGUCAAUCACGCUGCAACCCUGGAAGCUUCAGCUCCUCUCCAUCCCAAAGACAUUCCCCCAGUCCAUCGCUGGAUGUACCCACGCCAUCGUCAAAAACAUCUUUUUCCCUCAGAGCCGCGAGACGCUGUUCUCCUUCACCCAGAACGCACUAGAACUCAACAUUGUCGCGAAUGUGGAGGUGAUUGCGAAUGACUUUUUGUCGCUCCAUCUCGAAGGGAUGAAGGUGUCGGAGGAUGUGUUUUGUGCGUUCAUGGUCGAUGACCCCGACGGCAUCGACAACUCGGGAAGGCGCAUCAAUGAAAUGUCGGCGUUGCUCAGCAGGAACGGUAUAUCCAUCUUCUAUCUCUCAACACGCAUCACUGACCUCAUCCUCGUCAAGGAAAAACGCCUCAAACUCGUCCUUCCCACCAUCCGCUCCAUCUUUUCUCUCUCUGUCGACUCGGACUGCGACUUGUCCUCUUCCACCAGAGGAGACGACUACUCCGACCAAGGAUCCUUCCCCGGUUCCAGUUUUACUUCCAUGAACUCCUUCCUCCAUACCCCUUCUUCGCCUUCCUCAACAAGGAUCCAAUCCAUUCAUUACCAGGGCGGGAGCCCAUUCAGCCCUGGUCACUUUCAGUAUCACCAACAGCCACAGCAACUGCAGCAAUCGCCCUCGUCGGCGUUUUUUGGAAGCAGCUUUGGCAACAGUUUCACAAAACCCUCUACAGGAAUCUCCAUCCCCUUCGGAAGACGACCCAGCGGCAACCAUGGCCAUUUCGCAUCUACUUCUUCGAUGGCGAUUGGAGCAGGAAGACCCGCGGGACGGUACAGGACACGACAACAGUCCGACUCGGAUUCUUCUUCAAUCGACGGUCUAGGACGCUAUCACAAUACCGGAACAAUGUCAACGAGCCACAGUCAGUCUCAACUCUUUCAGAGGAGUCAACACGGUCGACAGAGCUCAAUCGCCGAGUCGUCAUUCGGGGACGGGAUCGGACGUUUCUUUCCCAAGAAACACGCACAAGGAUCUUCGAUCGACAGUUUGGAUAGUAUGGGACAUGCUGCGGCUUUGGUCGGCGAGAUGCCUGCCCCCAUCAACUCGGACAACAGCCUGCAUCUGACGUUCAGUGGACUCAACAGGAGAGCUGCAGGAGCAGGAGGGCCAGACUCGGCGGGAUCAUCGACAUCGUUUCAUCCACUGACGCCAAGUGGCAGCAGUUUUCCUGCGUUUGGAUCGAUGCCUUCGUUAAUGGGACUUAUGCAGGAGACGCUGGAGGAACAGGAGGAGAGAGAGUCUAAUAUCAAGGAGAAGAUCCGUCGGUCCUGUCCUCGAUCUGUCAUCGACGACAAACUCAUGCUCGCCGGCCUCGCUCCGGAGUACCAAGCGGAAUGGGCAGUGACGCUGAUCAAGGUCCUCUUUUACCCAGACCAGCUCCCCGGUUUCUCAAGCGAUUCCAAAUCUCAUUUCAUCUCGUUCACAACAACCGACGAGGGCACCUCCCUCAUCGCCGACCAAGAGGUGCUGGGCCACUUUGAGGACCACAUGCUGAACAUGAGUUCCUCAGAAACAAUGCUCCGCUGCAUCCAAGUCGAUCUGUCAACUUUUGGACUGGACACCUAUGGAUUGGUCUACUCGAUGUCGAACCCGCUCGUUGACCAUGGUGUCAAUUUACUUUGUCUUAGCACCUUCCGAACUGCGAAUGUCUUGGUGCGAGACUCUGACCUGGAAAAGUCGCUCAAGAUCCUCAGUCUCUCCGGAUGA